CCACUUGUAUAUUCAUUCAAAAUCCCCAUAACUGAAUUAAUAUUUUCUCUCUCCUCCGCGUGCAGAGCAAACGCAGACGGAGACUGCGGCGAGAUUAUUUCUUGUGAAGCUUUAAUGGCGAAAAUGUAGCGGUGAAACCAGACAAGGAAGGACAAAGCUUUGAAAAUUAGGGUUUUUUUUUUAUCAUUAGGAACGAAAUGCCGUUGAUAAGGUACCAGACAAGGAAUGAGUACAGCUUAGCUAAUCCGGAGCUCUAUAGACCUGCUGAUAAAGAUGAUCCCGAAGCUCUACUUGAAGGUGUUGCCAUGGCAGGUCUCGUUGGCAUUUUACGUCAGUUGGGAGACCUUGCUGAGUUUGCUGCGAAGAUAUUCCAUGACUUGCAUGAAGAAGUGAUAUCUACUGCCGCCAGAGGCCAUGGUCUGAUGCUCCGUGUCCAACAACUAGAGGCAGAGGUUCCAUUGAUUGAGAGGACAUUUCUUUCCCAAACCAGUCAUUCACUAUUCCUUCUCAAUGCAGGUGCUGAUUGGCAUCCUAAUCUGAGAAUAGACCAGAAUAUGAUCACUCGGGGAGAUUUACCUCAAUGUGUUAUGAAUUCUUAUGAAGAAUGUCGGGGCCCACCUCGGUUAUUCUUGCUGGACAAGUUUGAUGUUUCUGGUGCUGGUGCAUGUUUAAAACUAUACUCUGAUCCAUCAUUCUUUAAAGCAGAAUUUACCUCCUCUGAGAUGAUGGGAGCAGAUGUUCAGAGGGAAAAGAAAGGUCGCAAAGUCAAGAAGAAGGGAUCACGCUGGAGGAAUGGAGAGAACCCAAAGGAUUUCCCCACUUCACAUGCCAAAUUGCAUCAGUUGCUUUCAGAGGAGCAUUAUUCUGAGAAUAAUGUCCUUGUGCAUCAUGUGAAACUGAAGAAAAGGCAAUUGCACGGAUAUCCUUUGGAGUCAACUACAGAGAAAAGCUACAUGGAGAUAUUUGUAGAGGCCCAUUCACCCGAGAGCAAAGAAUCAUAUGAAAAUUCUUUAGCUGGCCCACACCUGAUUAUGGAAUCUAGUAAUACUAGUGAACUGGGUCUUCAAAUAUGUGAAAUUGAUACUGCUAGUCCUGCUUAUAAAUUGUUGCAGGGAAGAAGCCUAGAUUCAUCUGCUGAGAGACAGAAAACAGUAUUAGAACAAUCUAUGUAUGAUUUGCAUGACGAGAAAAGCAUUUUAGAGAAGUUUCCUGAACCAAUCUGUGAUAUUGAGGUAGAAAAGGUUUCAUCUAGCCUUUAUAAAAUGGAGGAUGAAAAGGAAUUAAUGGUUGAUGUUGAAAGCAAUAAAGAAGCCAUUGUUGAUGGAUACCAAUCUGAUGAUAUCCAAUCUGAUGAUAUCACCAGUGAGGUGGACAAUUACAUGGAUGCCCUUGCCACCAUGGAGUCUGAAAUGGAAACGGACACCGAGGCGAGACCGAAUAAUGAGAGACGCUUCUUCAACACCAAAAGGCUGGGGAUGGAUUCCAGCACAGAUGAAGAACAGCAGAAACAUGAAGCUCACUUUUCAGAAUCCCCCUCUGUUGGAAAUUCUAGUGAGUCAAAUGAUGAGAAUAAUUUUUUCAAGAGAGGAAGAUCUAAACCUUCCAACAUGGAUACUCUAAGCAAUCUGGGAGUGAAAGGACCACCUGCUGGUGAAGCAAUAGGCAAAGUGGCUACAUCUUUUGGGACUUGCCCAGCUGAAGUUGUGGAUGUAUCAUCUGAAAAGCCCUCUGCCAAUGGUAGUACAUCGAUACCUGAGUCUUUGGAGUAUAUAGUCCCCAAUGGGUCUUGCAAUGGUGGUGGCGUACCUAGCACAACUAAUUUAUCUGAUUCUGCUUCCCUGAUGCAAGAUGAUCCUUUUGCUGUAGAGUUUGUGAAAAGCCAACAGGUGGAAGUAAUGGAUGGUUUGACCCACCAUGAAGUAUCUUCUGUUGCUUUGCUGCAUCAAUCUGACAUCUCAGGCCUUAUGGUUGAAGGGAAAUAUGAUGGUGAUACUCUUGAGGCAGUUCCUCCUACCAAAUGUGCUGAAUCAAGUACUAAGCAACCCAAAUGUUUACCAGCUACUGAAGAAAACCCAGAAUAUUUGACAUCAGGAUUAGAUAUUCAAAAGACUGUUGUUCCUGUGGAACAGGGCCUCUCAGAAAUGGCGGAAGAGGUUCUAUCUCCUCAAUUGGAAUUAGGAGUAGAUAGUAGGAGUUCUGGAGUGAAAAUGUUGUACAACAAUCUGGAAGUAUCAACUAUUAAGCCUUCUGGUGGGGUCAAUAAGGAGCCUACGCUGGAUGUAGUGCAAUUGAACUCCUACGGUUCAGUGGGAAAGGCUGCUGCUGCAUCUCUUGAAUUUGCUUCCACAUAUUCAGCAACUGACUCUCCGAAACCUACAUUUAUGACUGAUUAUCAUUCACAAAUGGACCGUUUGACUGGCACUGUUCGCGCAGAGGCUGAUGGUAAUAGUAUUUUGUGUCGGAGGCUUAUUGGUUCUUGGAAUCGUAUAAAAUCGGAAGAAGGAUGCCCUUCGAGUAGCAGGGAUUGGGGUGGUUUGGUAAGUGAGGUUCAGUUGCAGCUAGAUGAUAUGGAAACUGGAAGCGUUCAUGUGGAGGCUGGUGGUGAAAAUGUUGUUUGUCGGCGCCUGGUUGGUUCCCCACCCAGUGAUCAUAUAAAGUUGGAAGAUGAAUAUCCUUCUGGCAAUGGAAAUGUUAGUGAUAGAGAAAAUGAAAGUCAUUCAAAGUUGGACAAUUUGCUGUCUGGUGCAGCUCACAUUGGUGAUGCUGAUACUACUGAUUCUCUGAACCUGAUUGAUUCUCCAUCUAGGAUUCAGAUUAAGUUGCUAGAAGAUUGUCUUAAAGAUGCUCAAAAAGGAAGAAAUCAACUGCCAGCUUCUUCCUCAGAUUUGAAAGUUGAAGUGUAUAAUUCAGAGUCACAUGUUCCUUCCAGUUCUGAAUUACCCUACGAUGUUCAUGAUGCAAUGCCAAUUGAACAUGACCAAAAUCGUUUGCAUCCCAGGGAUAUCACUGGGGCUCCUACAUCUUCAAUAGAAACGGAUAAAAAAUUACAAUUUGCUCACCGAAAUCAGCCUUCUGAGGGUGCAGAAGAUCCUGUGUUUACUUUAUUAUCCGACAAAGAGCUAGGCAUUCCUUCAGAACAAGCUGUGGUAUUAGAAGCUGGUCCUCUGCGGUCCAAUCUUCUGGAUGAAAAAACAGAAUCUCUCAGAGGCAGGGAUCAGAAUGGCUGCCGUAAUGUUCCAUCUGAGAUUUCUUGGGUUGAGAAAAUAGAACCUGUGAAACACAGAGGUCUGGAUGGCUCCUCUAGUGCUCCCAAGUCUGCAACACUGCUGCCACCUCUACCCCCCAAAGGAAGGAGGGCUGGAAAGCUCCUACAUAGCUUGCCAACAUCAGAGGGAGAAAUGGUACAACCAAGUCUGAACCCAUUCUUGCCUUUACCCACCACUGAGGAUGAGAAGCAUAAACAUGAUUCGAUUACUUCAAGGGAAGAAAAAGCAGAGUCUAGUUUGAAUUCAGCUACCAAAGAAGUAAGACCAGCUUCUGACACUUCACAGGGAGAAUCAGGUAAUCUUCGCAACCAGUCGACGCUGAAACUGAAUAUAAAAGAUGGGAUGCUUCAACCAUCAAUUAAAGAUGAAGAGCUUCUAAACUCAUUUGCACCAUCAACCAUAAAAGAUAAGCAGCCUCUAAAUGCUUUUGCAUCACCAACCCUAAAAGAUGAGGAGCCUCGGAAUGUAUUUGCACCAACCGUAGAAGACGAGGAGCCUUCACAUAGUUCAUUAACAUUAGAAGGAGAAAUGCCUUCGAAUGUAUCUACCUCAUUACCAGAUGCAGAAGUUGGGGUGCCAAAUGGCAAACCUCCCAGGAAGCUGCCCCGGCCUAGAGAUCCUCUAAUUGAAGCUGUUGCUUCUCAUGACAGAACCAUGUUGAGAAAGGUUACAGAGAGGGUUCGUCCUCAGAUCGUACAGAAGACGAAUGAGAGGGAUUCAUUGCUGGAACAGAUAAGAACGAAGUCCUUCAACCUGAAGCCCACGACAAGACCCACCAUGCUCACAACAAGAUCCAUCAUUCAGGGUCCUAGAACCAACUUGAAGGUUGCUGCAAUUUUGGAGAAAGCAAAUGCCAUUCGCCAGGCAACGGCUGGGAGUGAUGAAGAUGAUGAUGGUGAUAGUUGGAGUGAUUCUUGAUUGCCACAUAUUCUCUCAGGCUAUUCAAGACUACCUUUAUGCCCAUGAGCAGAUCAAUAUGCUUUCCUGGUGCUAGUCCCAAUUAAAAUGAUCAAAGAAGCGGGAAGAUUUUUCGGUAAAUUCAAGUCUCUCAUGCUGCUUUGUAUCCAUGUAUAAUAUUCUUUCUUCCCCAUCCACCAACACCACCCCAACCCAAAAAAAAAAAAAAAAAAAAGGAAUGGAAACCUCCUAUUUCUAUUGAAAAAUGUAACAUGUUAUUUUUCUACUCACAAGUUGGGAAAAAGAAAAAGAAUCACAAUGGCCCGCUGGGGGGGGGGUGUCAGUUUGUAAGUGAUGUAUCAUUUUUCUACAUAAAAAUAUAAAUAUAGAGAGAG